ACGACCGAGACGGCUUUUUGAUUUCCAAUGAGAGCACAAUCCUUCCUAACCAAGUCUCUCUCUCUCUCUCUCUCUCUCUCCAUAAUAUAGUACACCGCUGAUGAUGCGGUGAGGGUAUCCCAGCAGGCAGCAGUCCAGAAUCUUCUCCAUUUGGUGUACACUCCCAUUUUCGCGUAUGGCAACCUCACAAGAACCCAUCUCCGACCCCCAAUUCGUCGACGAUUUCUACUUCUCCGCCCUCUCCAACUCCGCCGAAGACCACCAACUCUUCCCCAUCUCCGACUCCACAUACGCCGAAGAGCUCCAAUUCCAAGAAUCCCUCAUGUCCUCCCUCAUCACCCCCCAACCCGCCGCCACCAUUCCGCCCCAAUCAAACGACGACGAACCCACCACCACCACCACCACCACCGAGCCCGGCCAGUCCUCCACCUCCUACUGCGAAAUCUGCGCCGACAAGAAAGACCCCGGCGACAUGCUCCUCAUCAAAUCCUGCUCCCACUCCUUCUGCUCCGACUGCGUGUCCAAGCACGUCACCGCCAGGAUCCAGUCCAACACCACCCUGGUCCCCUGCCCCGGCCUCGACUGCGGCAGCGCGCUUGAGUUCGUCGACGUCGGGGCCGUCGUCCCGCCGCACGUGGCGGCGAGGUGGGACGAGAUGCUGUGCGAGGCGCUUAUACCGGCGUCGGAGAAGUUUUACUGCCCGUUCAAGGACUGCUCGGCGAUGAUGGUGAUGGAGGAAGGGGUUUUGAUCAGGGAGAGCGAGUGCCCGGUGUGUCAUAGGUUGUUCUGCGCGAGGUGUUACGUGGGGUGGCAUGCGGGGAUUGAGUGCGAGGAGUUUGUGAAGUUGAACGAAGAUGAGAGAGGCAGGGAGGAUUUGCUGGUGAGGGAGAUGGCCAAGAGCCAGAGCUGGAUGAGGUGCCCUCAUUGCAAGUUUUAUGUUGAGAAAACUGAAGGGUGUUUGCAUAUAAAUUGCAGGUGUGGAUUCCAAUUCUGCUAUGCCUGCGGAGCGACUUGGAGCCAAUAUCAUGGCGGUUGUCAGCCGUGAUCAUCAGUGUAGGAUGUUGGAUUGGAGGUGUUGAAAAUUUUGGACAUAGACUUCUCAACGGAAGAAAGUAUGAAAGCUUGCUGUCUUUUUUCCCAAAGGUAACGUCUUGACAGCAAAACUGCUAAUAACUGCUUUUUAAAUCAGUGUUUCUCCGCAAUCCUUGUCUUUCCAUGAAAGCUCAAACUCGGGGAUUCCUUGUCUAUUUUUGAAGAUUCAAGUAUAGGUCAAGAGUUCUUAAGUUAUGUUGAGAAAUUCUUCGCUUAAUACAGUACAUUGUGAAUUUUGGUGUAUGAUAUGUUACAUGGGCUUAGUUUUGUGAUUAAACAACAUGCGUGUGCAUCAA